GUUGAAAUCACUCCUUUGUAUUCCUUCGCCUCUCGUCGUCAACGUCGUCUCUCUAACAGUCCAUAAAGUAUUUCUAUCGACGAGUAACCCGCUGGGACGACGACGACGAAGGACGAGCCAAUGUUGAAGAGACAACGACAACCCUCUCCUGUUCCAUCGAGCAGUAGCAGUAUCCCGCUCGUCACCGACUGUGGACCAGAUGACAUCUCGAUGAGGAAUUUAAAAAGGAGGCGGACACAACCGCCUCCUUUGGACGGCGCGUCUAGGGGGUGGAACAACCACCGUAACCCCCAAUCAUUUUCUAUGGGCCGCAACGAUGGCGAUGAAGAGGACUAUUACGAAUCUGAUGAGGACGACGACGACUCCAACCAAACCAAUGAAACAGAAAGAAACGCGGAGGGCGAGGUGGUGAUGGAGGAAUACAAGUCGACGAAUAAUCUGCUUCGUGAAUUGCACAUUCUGCAGCAACACCGAUUAUUGUUCUCGGGGGACUCCACGACCAUCGCCAAAAUGGGUCCUCCCCAGGGGCUUGCGCCAGUACCAGCGGUCUCUAAACAGGCACCCUCGUCAGUGCACUCGUUUGCUGAAAAACAACUGCCUGGUCCUUGUCCAGAAAAAACUCAACGACAUUGGGGUUAUCCUGGAGAUCACCACCCUUCCCCACAGCAUCCACAGAAUGGGGACGAAACAUUGAACGUACACCAAAACUACGGAGACACGAAUAGACUCCUCAGGGAGUUAUUCUUGUCAAGGAGACGGGGAAUGGAGCCUGAGGCUCGUCAUUCAGAACGUUCGUGAUUAUGAAGGAGCCAUCUAUGUUUUACGUUUCGGCAACCCGCAGUUCCUGAAGAUUUCGACCGGUCUCAGCCCCGAUUCCACUUCCAUUGCCCUCUGGUCGCGCUAUCCACGAUGUUGGCGCCGUUUUAGCCCGUGUCCG